AUGACAUCUUCAUCCACCCACUACGAGGUCUACAAGGUCAAACAUAUGCUUGCGAUGCAGGACCCCGAAGAGACAGAGACAAGAUAUCAUAUAGUUCUCUUCAUCGUGACUGACGACAACGGCGACGGCUAUACCCAUCAUGUCACUGGUGACAUCACAGCAGGAAUGACAUACCAAUGCAGACGAGAUGAACGCCCCGAAGCCUUAGAGACCUUCCAUAAAAAAGAAUUUCUUGGGCUGGUCUCCAAAUCCAGACAUCCAGCCGAAGUUGACCGUGUGUGUUUAUCUAUACCAGCGCCCCAUUCUCAGAAGCGGUUCAAUCCCCAGACCAUGCGCUAUGAACAGUUCAAACCCGACGGGUCAUUUUAUGCUCCGGGUGAGCCGCGUCCAAGGUACUUCAAAUGCACUGAGUGGAUUGAGAAUAAGGCGAUUCCUGCUUUGUUUCAAGCCGGUGUCCUUGAGCAAGGCGCACCUCUGAGAUAA